CUUGAAGACCAGGUUCAAGAAUGUGUUCUGCACAACUCCGAAGUUAACUGUAUCCGGAAAUAUUUUUAAACAGAUUUGAUAAAUAGGGAGAAAUAAAAAAGUCACAAAACAGCAUUAAUGGAUUUUGAUGUAAACAUGUCAGUUUGUAAUCAGUGUGGACUCCCAUUAAAUGAUGCUGUAAUGGCAAGUUCUACAAAGUACUCCUGUUGUUCAGCUGACAUAAAUGAUUUUGAUUUCUGGUGUUUGAACACUUCACUGGGAAUGGUGUGUCUAAGCAAUGAGAAACCAGUUCUUUAUUUUGAGAGGGGUAAGAAGUUUUUUGAUCCCGGUGGCUGCAUAGCUGAAAAUUGUUGUCCUACAAGAUUACAAACAUCUUUGAAAUACAGUGAACACAGGGAAGAGCCUUGUGGCAUACAGUUCUCUACACAAGAGAACUUUGUUAAUGAAAGAGACAACAGUCAAUCUGAGGGGGCAGUGGCAGCUGAUGGAAAUGCUCCUUUGAACAAGGAAAAGCCAAAAGACGUAAGCUCCAAAGAAGAAAGAGAACUCCAAGUAGAUGAAGUUUUACAAGCUCCGUUUACCAACAGAAAGGUUUUAAACGAGGAGCGUCAAAACCUAGAAGACCUAAGUGGCUCACAAUCUCCUAGUGUCUGCGACGAGGAGAGGUCACCUUCAUACACUGAGGUCAACACAAUAAAUGAAUUUCAGUAUUUUUCGCUUGGUAAGGACCCCCUCAAGCCUGGAGAAGUCAGCAUCUUGAAAAAUUUUUACAGGUUUUUGACCCAAUCGGCGAGUGCGACAGACGGCAAUAAGAUGAAAGAAAUUGCGUCACCAAGAGCUGCUGGAACUUCCACAGGAUCUGUAAUACGUAACAAAUGUAUACAUUCUGCUUCUAAAUUGUCAUGCUGCGAAACACUUAGCAGGGAAAUUGAGGACCUCAAGGAGAGAGUUUCACACAAUGAAGAUUUUAGAUGGCAAGUGGUUGAGGAGGUGAGAGGUCAGCUUAAGCCCGUUCAGUCUCAUCAAAAAAAUAUUUCCCAGCUUAGGAUUGAAGUGAAAACCAUACUGCAUGACCUUGCCGAUUUGCGAAAUGAACACAAUCAAUUAAAGGACGAAAUUGAACGUCUUCUUGCCCAAGAAGAUCCACUUCGUAUUCGCCACGACCUGAUAAACUCAAUGCGAAGUAUGGAAGUAGUAAUCCAAAGUAAGGUGCAACGAUUGGAGAACCGAUUGCAGUCUCUUGAAACGAUGCUCCAUCGGCUAGUCGGUGAAAUAGAGAAGUUAUUUGUGCCUUAUGGACCUACUGUGGUACAGAGUACCCCAUGAGUUAGACAAAAAAAAAAGGGUAAUUUAACUUUUAGUUUUUAGAGUAGAAGGCAGUGUCAGAUUGCUGCGUGAAAUGUUGAAGUAAAAAUGUACAAAGUAGAUGUGAAUGUAGGAAAAAGGAGAUUGGAAAGACAAAUUAUGUGAUUAGGCAUGAAGGAGAUCUCGCUGUUAAUCUGCUGAAAAAUAACCAAAAACAAAAAAAACAAAAAAAUUAAAAAACUAAAAAUCAAGAGAAAACAAAAACAAAAA